AUGAUGCGACCGCGCGACCCCCGCAUCCGACAAAGGAUUAAUCAGAUCUCUCAUAACCUUGAGACUGCCAACGAAACCGCCCAAGAGGGACUUUAUGCUUUUUCCCACAACUACAUAUCCCCAUGUUUCGAAUCCAUUGGAAACUGUGUGGCUGCAUGUACAGCACCGUGCCUCCCGAGCCGCGAAGACCACCUACGGCGGCGACGACGCGGCCAAACCGAAGCCAACUUUGAUUUCUAUGACGAUUGGGCCAACGAAGAAGAAGAUGACGGUUUGAUUGGAUGGGGUACAGGCGAACUCGAUCGCCUCCUUGCUGGCAGCGGGCUGGCGCGCGGACCUGCUGACCAACCGCGUCGGCCCCGGAGGAUGAGCUACGGGACACGCAACACUAGGCGACGGAGUACAGCACACAACUCGGACGAUCGCGAUGACCCGACUGUUAUCCCCAGCUCUUCAUUCAUUGGCUUCCUCGAACGUUUUCCAUGGAGAUUCGGUGCUAGGGGAGUCAAGUAUCGGCCUUCGGCUGCUGACCUCCAAGAACACCCCGGCACGCGACGCUAUGCGCACGAAGACGAGCCGCUAAUGGAAGCAAUGGAUGAUGAUGACAGAGAUGAAUAUUCGCUUACCCUUCAUGGAAGGAAUCGCAGUGCCACGCAAUCGUCCCGCGGAACGGACAACUCACUUAGCUCGCGUGGGGAUCUAUUCCCUAGUGAUGAGGAAGAUGCAGUGCCCCUUGACGAUGAGUUUGCCCUUGCUUUCGGGCGCCGGGGGACAGGCUUGGAAUCAGAUGAUCAGUCCGGGGCGAAGUCUGAAAUUAUACAGUCUGCAUCCGCGUCCAGCCUCGGUGGCGCAUCGUCGAAAAAGACAAGGCGGAAGAAGAAGCGGUGCCCAAAGCGAUCGCCUAGUCACAAUGAGGCCUCGAUUGUUCAUGACAUUGAUACACCAUCAAUAGCAGACCUGAAAACAGAAGAGCACCGCGCGGCAUUGGAAGAAGAAGCCGAUAUUGAGAGGCGACGGCUUGCUGCGCACGAGCUGGCUUUGAGUCGAGGCCUCGAUACAAGAGGUGGUGACAAGCCUGCCGCAACAUCCAUUAGUCCAAGUCUCCAAUCGCAAGAGCAACCUAAUACCCCGAGAAGGGCCUUCAGCGAGUCAUCAAGCCGCCGGAUGUCCGAUAGCCAAACCGAGCCCUUCCCGCCUCUAUCUAUGUCGCCUUCAUCUAUGGCCAUGGAUUCUCCAGGCUUAUUCAAACCCUCGCCAAGAGCUAUGUCUCCCCGCGAGGUUGGUGAAAAUACGACUUCUCUCGAUUGA